AUGUCUGGAUACCCUGGCCAAGGCUACCACGGCUCUAGCCAGCACGGUGGAGGAGGAUACGGAUAUGAUAACAACAACUAUCCUCCUCCCAACGGCCCGCCUCAACCUCAAUACGGCGGAGGCUACGGCGGCGGCGGCGGUGGUGGUUAUGGCGCACCUCAAGGAUACAACUCCCCUCCUCCGCCUCAACCUCAGUACGGCGCUCCUCCAGGCGGCUACGGAUCUCCAGCUCCUCCCCACGGAGGUUAUGGCCCUCCUCAGCCUCAAUACGGCGGUCCUCCUCAACACGGCGGUUACGGCUCUCAUCAGCCCCCGCCUCAGCAUGGAGGAUAUGGACCACCUCAGCCUCAAUACGGCGGCCACCAGAAUCAAUAUCCUCCUCCCGGCGGCCCUCCCCCGAGCCACUACGCACCUCCUGCGCACCACCCUCCUCCGGGUCUAGAUGCCUACGGCUACCCUCUCAACCCUCCGACUGCCAUGCAUGCAAAGGCCGGCCCCCCGCCUCCCUCGGCCCCUCAGCAGUUUGGUCACGGAAAGCGAAAGGCACUGUUGAUUGGAAUCAACUAUUUUGGCACAAAGGCUGAGCUCAAGGGAUGCAUCAACGAUGUCCACAACGUGUCGGCAUUCUUGGUUGAGCGAUAUGGCUAUAAGCGCGAGGACAUGGUCAUUCUGACAGAUGACCAAAGCAACCCUGUCAUGCGCCCAACCAAGGCCAACAUCAUCCGUGCCAUGGGCUGGCUUGUUAAUGGCGCGCAGCCCAACGAUGCGCUGUUCCUUCACUAUUCUGGCCACGGCGGCCAAACCGAGGACAAGGACGGCGACGAAGACGACGGCUACGACGAAGUUAUAUACCCCGUUGACUUUGAACAAGCUGGGCAUAUUGUAGAUGACGAGAUCCAUUUCCAUGUUGUCAAGCCUCUGCAGCAGGGAGUGCGCCUCACAGCCAUUUUCGAUUCAUGUCACUCGGCAACCGUCAUGGACUUGCCCUAUGUCUACUCCACCAAGGGUGUUCUCAAGGAGCCCAAUUUAGCCAAGGAAGCUGGUCAGGGCCUCUUGGGCGCCAUCUCCUCAUAUGCUUCGGGCGAUAUGGCCGGCGUUACGAGUAGCAUCAUGGGCUUCGCUAAGCAGGCAUUCGGCGGUGACGGGGCUUACAAGAAGACUGUGGCUACACGCACAUCAGCAGCAGACGUCAUUAUGUGGUCUGGCAGCAAAGAUGACCAAACUUCCGCCGACGCCACGAUUGGAACGCAAGCUACUGGUGCCAUGUCGUGGGCUUUCAUUUCCGCUCUGAAGAAGAAUCCCAAGCAGAGCUACGUCGAGCUGCUCAACAGUAUCCGAGAAGUUCUCGAGACCAAGUAUACUCAGAAGCCACAGCUGUCUUGCAGUCACCCUCUAGAUACCAAUCUUCUAUUUGUCAUGUAA